UCCAGUCACCAGUAAAUACACCACCGUCAAACUCACCACGUCCAUUUAAAGCCAAGCUUCCUGACUUCCUUCCGUGUGUGAGGGAGAGAGACACCCAUGGAGGUGGAGGACGCGGCGAGUAGAGUAUCCGUGGGGUUUCCUCUCAGUCUGGGCCUUCUCUUCGCCUUGUUAUUGUUACUUUGUGGAGUUCUCUGUUGCUGCUUACAGUGGGACAAGUUCCGAGCCCUGCUCCCAUGUUCUGGCUUCCUCAACGCUCUGCUCGGACCAGAUUCAGCUUCUUAUCAUCCUCCCCAGAAACCUGAGCUGCCCUUCGUGGUGACGAAGAAAAUGGAAAUAGAGAGUUCGCCGGUGCUGAUGCCGGGCGAUGAGGUCCCGAAGUUCAUUGCCAUGGCCUGUCCGUGUCAACCUCCUAAAGAAGAGAAGAUCACAAUCCAAGUGCACCAGGCCACAUGAUUGGUUGAAAUUCUUCCGCCCUUCGAGUUUCAGGAUUAUGCAUCUGGGGCGCUCAAAACCAAUGAAGGUUGCUAGAUUAUGAAGUCAGAACCACCCAGACAAACGAACGCUGACAGCCCUUCCAGACUCUGAUACUUUUGUACUGAGCCGAGCAAAAUCUACUAGAUCACGUCGAUGAAGCGCGGGAAUUGAAAGUCACGAGUCGGAAUUUUUGCUCUUCUUUGCGUCCAAUUUGUUGUUUUAAUUUUUUCUUUUAACAACUCUGAAUUGUUGUGAUAUCAAGUGCUUAGCAUAUGAUGCUACCCCAGUGUCACUUUUGGUUUCUGCUUUUCUUUUUCUUUAUAGAAUCAGUUCUGGGAUUGGCGCGCGCAUACAAGUGUGCUCCACAAGCCACCUUAUUGAUUAGAACCAUAUCUAGCCUUGGUUGUAUUGCAGAUUCUAAACAUUGGUGAGAAGUGAAUUGUAAUUAAUUAGAUGCAA